GGAACUCCCUCUAUAGCUGAAGAUGACCUUGAGCUUCUGAUCCUCCUGCUUCUACUUCCUGGGUGCUGGGAUUGCAGGCAUGAGCCACAAAGCUUAGUUUUGCCAGGCAUAAAACCGAGAGCUUUGUGUAUCUUAGGCAAACACUCUGUCAUCUUCAGACCCCAGUUACUGUUUUUUGAGAUAGGACCUACCUAUGUAGCUGGAUUAGCCUCGAGAUCCUCUGUCACAGCAGCUGAGGGGCUGUGUUUACAUACAUGUACUGCCAUGUCCCCCUAGUUUUUAACAAUCAUAUUCUUAAGCUCCUGUCACAGAGAAAGCUGGUAGUUAUGAUAUUACUUAGUGUUACAUACAGUGUAUUUUGUAUACAUAGAGUAUAUUGUGAAGUAUAAUUCUGAACCUUAAUUUUCUCCUCCUAUCUUCUUGCUAAUUGAAAAUACAAUUCAGCAUGUAAUUUCAAUAAUAUCAGGUUAUCCUCAUCAUUAAAACAACAAAUCAUUAAAACAAAAUUAUAUCACGUUUGAUUGGCAGUUUGCUCAAAUAAAUUGUGGUGCAGAAAUGGAAGACCUUGCUUAGCUAGCCCAAAUAUUAACCUGACUCUAAGUUGGGGUUAUAGGGAAUCUGAGUUCUGGACUUUGUAGAGAAUGGUUCCAUUUACAACUUCCAUUUUCCAUCAAACCUCAGUUCUGUAUUGUUAUCUUAAUCAAUGUCCUUGGUUUUAUCCACUUUAAAAGUUCAAAAUACCUUGAGAUAUCAAGUAAAUGCACCUUUAUUGAAAACCAAGAAUGUUAAAUGGGAGGACAUUCCCUAGGUGUGAAUCUUUGAAGUUGGGCCUCUCUGUUCCAAUCACACAGGACAGGUGUGAGUAAUAGCAAAUAUUUUGUGAGAUAGUUUUGAGAGUCUUGAAGUUAGCCAUAUUGAUCUUUUAAAAUGGUUUGUAUGUCUUCUCUAUAGUCCUCCAAAUAGUAAUUAAAUGUGCUUUGUUAAAUGACAGUUCUUUACUACCAAAUAUUCAGCAAUAGUUAAAAGGUUCUACAGUGUAUAUCAAGAUUUAGUUCACAAAGUAUGCCUGUAUCUCGGAUAUAUAAUAGCUAAAAUUGGAGUUUGUGGCUCAGAUCAUCUUGUGUUCUAGCAGUUUUUUUCCUGUGUUUUGCUGCUGCCUCUUGUUGAGCCUCCUAGUGUUUUCCUACCCCCUCCUUUGACCUUUCCUUUUUGUGCUAGAAAUUAACUUACUGAGCAAACAAAUGUUCUGAGCCAUACAGCCUUUUUCCUUCCCUGUUUUCUUCAUAUAGGGUCUCAUGUAUCCCAGGCUGGCCUCUUAAAUUGAUGUGACUGUCAUUUGCUUCUACUUCCAAUUUUUUCAGAGUUUAUGCUGGGGAUCAAACUUGGGAUUUCCAAGCACUCUACCAACUGAGCUACCAACCUCAGCCCAUUUUACUGUUUGUUUGGUUGUUUGUUUGUUUGUUUGUUUGUUUCCUCUUUUUUCUUUUUUCUUUUUUUCAGAGCUGGGGACCGAACCCAGGGCCUUGCGCUUGCUAGGCAAGUGCUCUACCACUUAGCUAAAUCCCCAACCCUAUUUUACUGUUUUAGAGGUUAAACUAACCCACGAUUCUAUCUGUGAACUCUGAGACAGAACCACUGAGUGAACAUCACUGGGAAUUUAAAAAUCCAGGUUAAUUUUUUUGUUAAAGUAAGGUUCAAGACUGUAUUUUAAGUAUAAUGUGUAGUUUUUAAAUGUACUUUGAAGUUUGAAAUAAAUGGAUUUACUGUGGGUACUUUGAACUAGCCAACUGUCAUGUUUCAUAGCCAAAUCAUUUGCAUCUGUUCCUGUGGCCCAUCUUCACCAAAGCUUUUUGUAAGGCUAACUGCUUUGGCUUUUGCCCCUAUUCUGCAGAUAAGGAACUCAGUUGGGAGAGGCUAUGACUUGCUUGCUAAACAUAAAUGAUGUCAACCUUAAACCUAAUACUCUUUUUUUUUUUUUUUUUGAAGGUGGGUAGCUAGACUAGGUAUCAGUGAGUAGCAUAUAGUUUCUAUGUCAUUAGAUCCCACUUCCAUAUGAAUGAAUGAUACACUAUGAUAGAAUGGAAUUCAUGAAGGGGGGGCAUUGUACCUCUGACCCACAUUCUCAGCCCCAGAAUAAAGAAUUCUUGAAAAUGAUACAUGAUGUGUGCUUGCUACCUCUUGAAUGCUUCACUUAAGCAGUGUUUUUUAACUAGAGGUUAAGUCAGUAAUUUGUGACUAAAGUUAUUUUAUCUAGGAAUGUGAUUGAUCCAUAUAGCAUUUUUCAAUUUUUUUUUUUUUUUUUAAACAACACAGAAGUGAUUAAAGAGUCCCAAAAGCUUCAGGGAGCUCGGGCACCUUCUUCCCGUUCUUCUGCUCAGUGUCUGUCUGGCUCUUCUUUGGUCGUGGUGAAAUCUUCUGGUUGCUCUUCUUUCAUUUGUUUACACAUCAAGACAUGGAGCUCUCUAAGGACCAGAGCCUCUAAGGGUGGGAAACCUCUGGCUCUCACUGUUUAACCUCCUUUCCUGGCUUCUGUGUUUCUCAGGACUCUACAUUCUUUAAUACCCUCAGUCCCUUAACUUGAUUCUAAACCUGUCUAUUGGAUAUCUUUGUCUGAUGGCUUUCUUACAGAGAAACAAUUUCCCAAAUUGUCUACAUUAGAAUCCGUGACUCAUAGUUUUUCUUCCUCACCUAAAGUUCCUUAAGCUCUUCAUCCUAGUAGAUCAUGGUUUAAAGAUGAAAAUGGGAACAACUUUAAAUAGAAUUCCCCUGGUUUCCAAAUUCUCUCCCCACCCCAGUUUAUUUCUUCUAAAUAUGUGUAUGCAUGCACACAUGUGUAACUGGGGUAUGCAGGGCCCAUUUUGUAGCCCUAGUUGUUCUGGAACUCAUUGUGUAGACACACUCUAGUACUGAAUUCGUAAGUGUCUAUUUACCUUCCUGUCUCUGCCUCAGGAGUGCUGUCAUUAAAGGCUUGCACCGUCAUGCCUGACUCAUUUCGUUUCUAUUUUUGAGACUGUCAACUAUAGAGCCCAGGUUGGCCUUAAGCUCCUGAUGCACUCAUCUUUACGUGCCCUAUUCUAGGGUUAUAGUUGUGAACAGUCCCAGCUGGCUUGCCAGUUUUGUUUGUUUGUUUGUUUGUUUGCUUUUUAAAGAAAAAAUCUGAUCAUUUUCUUAAUCUCGAUUAAGAAAUCUGUAAUCCUAGUAGUUGGGAGCUAGAAGCUAGAGAGAGAAAUGGGAGUUCAGAAUCAUUCUCAGCAACAUAGGGAGUUCAAGGCCUGCCUGACCUGUAUGUGUGACUGUUUUGUUUAAAAGCUAAAGGAAGGGAAGAAAAGAAAAGGUAUUGAAAUAAAAUCUAAGCUCUUAGUGUAUCACAGAAAAUUUAUCUUCUGAGUCUUUCCAACCUACCUCUUUAUCUAUCUUGAUUCUUAAUCAUUUCUCUAACUCCCAAGUGCAUUUCUUUUCUUCCUUUGUUCUCUCUUCUGGUCUUUGUCCUUCAUCUCUUAGGUAUUCAGUCCUGCAUGCCACAUAUCAUUUCUCCUAAUCCCUGUCCCACACCCCUUUUCCAAAUCAAGUUUUGCCAUUAGCCGCAUCUUUUACUUUUUUUUUUUUUUUUUUUUUUUUUUUUUUUGAGACAGUGUCUGGUAAGGUAGCCUUGGCUGGCCUGAAACUCAGAGAUCUGCCUGCCUCCUGCUUCAUUCAGUAUUGCUGGGACCGAAGGUGUGCUUAGCCACCUUACCAAGUAACACAGAGUGUUUAUAUGCGGAGUAAUUUGUUGGGUGUAGUGUUUUCACUUGUUUAGUAUUAUUCUCCGAGGUAGAUUGUUGCUCAUUUUUCAUAGAACCACCAUGGUGGUGUUGGUAUUCUGACACCACAGUAAGAGCAUAAGGUAUUUUGUUUGUUUUGCUUUGUUUUGUUUUUUUGAGGUGGGACAACUAGAGGGAGAUCUUACAAAAUGAAAACCUUGACAUUUUCUCUAAACUUCAGGGAAGAAGACUGCUUCAAAAUUAUAUUAUCAGCUAUGCUGUUAGAGGAUAUUGAGCUAGAAACCUUUUUUAAGUAUCUAGUAACAAGUCUCCCUUUAUCCAAAUUAAAAUUAUUUCCAUACAUCAUAUACAUUUUCUGUCUUGUUCUCACAAGAAAAAUAGGUGGUUAGUAACACAACCUCCUUUUUCUGAGCCCUUUAUAUUAAAUCCUCUUUCUCCCUUCCUUGUCCACAGUACAGUGUAUGCUGGGGCACUUGUUGAGGCUGGGGGGUAGCUAACUUUAGAAUGUAAUGUGAGUUUAUAUUUGCUAACAAGGUAAAUGGGCGGGUGUCUGGAACUAUUUCUGUUUGUAUAAUGAGCAAAGGGCAAUCAACUACAGGUGAGUGACAAAAUAAUGAAAACUUUUGAAAAUUAUCGAGGGAUGCAUACAUCUACCCAGGAUGGUACUUGGCUGUAGAAAACCUAUUUGGGUGCAUGUGGAGGCCAGAGAUUGAUGUCUUCUCCCUCAUUCUUUGAAAGAGAAUCUCUUACUGAUUCUGAAGCUCACAGUUUCAGCUAGACUGACUGAGCAGUGAGCUCUUUCUGUCUAUUCCCCAGUGCUUGGGUCACAGAAGUGCUCCACUAUACCCAGUUCUUCACGUGAGUGUGGGACUCUAAACUCAGGUCUCCUUACCUUUUUUUUUUUUUUUUUUUUAAUUAAAACCGUGCUAGGUGGGUUCGGUCCCCAGCUCCGAAAAAAAAAAAAAAAAAAAAAAACGUGCUAGGGCCUGAAUCCUGGUUUUUAGUAUGCUAGAUGAGUGAAUGUUCUACCUGGAAAUAAUAACCUACAGGGAAAAUUUUCUCCCUCCCUCCUUUACUUCCUUCCUUCUCUCUUUUCUCUCUUAUACUGGGAACUAUACCCAGUGCCUUAGGAAUACUAGAAGAACACUGAAAUUCAUUUUCACCCUCAGGUGGUCUAUUUAUUCAUUCAUUUAUUUAUUUUAAUGCAGUGAUUACCUUCUUAAGGACAGACAGUACUGAACGCACAUGUGCUAGGAGAAUAGAAUGGAAGAUGCCUUUUUUUUUUUAUUAAAGAUUUUUCUAUCUAUUAUAUGUGAGUACACUGUAGCUGUCUUCAGACACACCAGGAGAGGGCAUCAGAUCCCAUUACAGAUGGAUGUGAGCCACCGUGUGGUUGCUGGGAUUUGAACUCAGGACCUCUGGAAGAGCAGUCAGUGCUCUUAACCGCUGAGCCAUCUCUCCAGCCCAGCUCAAAGAAAAUGAACGGCACCCUGGACCACCCAGACCAACCAGAUCUUGAUGCUAUCAAGAUGUUUGUGGGCCAGGUUCCAAGGACCUGGUCGGAGAAAGACUUGAGGGAGCUUUUUGAGCAGUAUGGUGCUGUCUAUGAAAUCAACAUCCUAAGGGAUAGGAGCCAAAACCCUCCUCAGAGCAAAGGGUGCUGUUUUGUUACAUUUUACACCCGUAAAGCUGCAUUAGAAGCUCAGAAUGCUCUCCACAACAUGAAGGUUCUACCUGGGAUGCAUCACCCUAUACAGAUGAAACCCGCGGACAGUGAGAAGAACAACGCUGUGGAAGACAGGAAGCUGUUUAUUGGUAUGAUUUCCAAGAAGUGUACUGAAAAUGACAUCCGAGUCAUGUUUUCUUCGUUUGGACAGAUUGAAGAGUGCCGGAUAUUGCGGGGACCUGAUGGCUUGAGCAGAGGUUGUGCAUUUGUGACUUUUACAACAAGAACCAUGGCACAGACAGCUAUCAAAGCAAUGCACCAAGCACAGACCAUGGAGGGUUGCUCAUCCCCCAUGGUGGUAAAGUUUGCUGACACCCAGAAGGACAAAGAACAGAAGAGAAUGGCCCAGCAGCUCCAGCAGCAGAUGCAGCAGAUUAGUGCAGCGUCUGUGUGGGGGAACCUGGCUGGUCUGAACACACUUGGGCCCCAGUACUUAGCACUUUAUUUGCAGCUCCUUCAGCAGACUGCCAACUCUGGGAACCUCAACACCCUGAGCAGCCUCCACCCAAUGGGAGGGUUAAAUGCAAUGCAGCUCCAGAAUUUGGCUGCACUGGCUGCUGCAGCUAGUGCAGCUCAGAAUACACCAAGUGGUACCAAUGCUCUCACUACAUCCAGCAGUCCCCUCAGCGUACUCACCAGUUCAGCAGGGUCUUCACCGAGCUCCAGCAGCAGUAAUUCUGUCAACCCCAUAGCCUCACUUGGAGCGCUGCAAACAUUAGCCGGAGCAACAGCUGGCCUCAACGUUGGCUCAUUGGCAGGAAUGGCUGCUUUGAAUGGAGGUUUGGGCAGCAGUGGCCUUUCCAAUGGCACUGGGAGUACCAUGGAAGCCCUCACCCAGGCGUAUUCUGGUAUCCAGCAAUAUGCUGCUGCAGCCCUCCCUACUCUGUACAACCAGAAUCUGUUGACACAGCAGAGUAUUGGUGCUGCUGGAAGCCAGAAGGAAGGUCCAGAAGGAGCCAACCUGUUCAUCUAUCACCUGCCCCAAGAGUUUGGAGACCAGGACUUACUGCAGAUGUUUAUGCCCUUUGGGAAUGUCGUGUCUGCCAAGGUUUUCAUAGACAAGCAGACCAACCUGAGCAAGUGUUUUGGUUUUGUAAGUUAUGACAAUCCUGUCUCAGCUCAAGCUGCCAUCCAGUCCAUGAACGGCUUUCAAAUUGGAAUGAAGAGGCUUAAAGUGCAGCUCAAACGUUCGAAGAAUGAUAGUAAGCCCUACUGAUCGUGCUCCCCUCUGAGACUGGAGUGAGAAGAUCUUCUGGUAAGUGGGGGAGGAGCACCCUUAAUCAUUCGAAGCCCUAAGGCUGUGUGUUGACAGCCCUGGACCCUGAUCCCUGCCACUCUCGCAGGCACAGCUUGCCCUGAAGACUCAGCUACUGCCUUCUGUGGGAGUGUCGCUUCGUACAGAGGACAAGUUUGUGCUUUGGUUUCCAGUGUUUUACUUUGGAGUUUAGGUGCCAUAUCCUGAGGGUUUUUGUUUUGUUUUGUUUUGUUUCUUUUUCCCUUUAUUUAAAGUUUGCUGUGUUUGUAACUAGUAUGUUGAGAAGGACCAACACCAGUCCACCUUGAGGAAGAGAGAAAUGGGUUUAAAAGAUAAUUAGAACAUGCCCUAAACCAUGGAAAGAGAGGGCUGAGCAGAACAGAAAGUUGAUCUCCAAGGUCUCUCUCCCUGGCUGCCAGGGUGGGUAGACUGAGAACUAAAGUCUGAUGCGGUAUGGGGCAGAAUGGGUGAGAUGGCUUGGCAUCUAGACCCCUUCAUGACUGGCUGCUUUCUGUGGAAAUGCUGAACUUACGCCACCUAUUUUUCUAAUUUUUGUCCUGGAUUUCUGCUCUUCUCUAAAAGAGGGUAAGCAAGUCUCAGGAAAUAACGCACUUUUCAUUUAGCCUGAAAUAUGCAAAUAACAGGGAGAUACCCAUGACUAGCCAGCCUGGCCCACCAUUCGUGUUUUAUUGCCCUGCCUGGUUGGUGGCUGUUUGGGGAAAGCAACCAGAGAGGUCAUUUUAGUUUAUUUCAACAUGAAGUUAGACAAUGCCCAUUUCCAGCAGUUCCCUUUGAAGAAAGUCUAUGGAAGUUCACCACACCAAGGAAUGUUGCCUCCUUCUCCGGCCACAGUUUUCUCAUGAAGGCAGACCUAAGAAGCUCUUGCAGCCUUUCUAGCCAACAAGGGUGCAGUUCAUGGGCAGAGCCAUCAAGAAGCCAUUUGAUUGAUGGAGGAGAGACCUGCUUCUUGGUGUGCCUGAAUCAAGGUCUCUGCAAGCCACUGUGCUGUAUUUGAGCAGAGCCUAGUAUUCAAGAAGGUUCAGAAGUGCAUUUCUGCCUCCUUAAUGAAGUGUCCCAAAAGUUGUAUAUCUCAUAAAGGUCUGACAGGCCUCUCCUCCAGCCACUCUAGCCCCAUUCUCUGUCCUUGAAGGCAGAAGAGAGUACAGGAAGUUUACAGGCUCCAUAUGGAUUUAGUGUUCAUUUACCUCAGUAUUAACCCAUGUUCAUUUUGUCAUGAUGCUUACAGUGAGCUCCUGCUGCCUUUCAUGGGUCUUAACUCCAGCCUUUGCCAGUGUCCCACACAGCCUCUGAGCAGAGGUGGUGGCCCUAUAAGUAUAUGAUUAAUAGCCACAGCCAGGGCCUGGUUCCUGAGUCAUUGGAAGCUUAAACCUCACAACGUCUUGGCUCUCAGCAGCAGAGAUUAGAAGGGGCUAGCCUGCUUUAAGUCAGAUGGGGACACUCACUCUCCUUGUCAUGCUGUCCCUGUGAAUAACAAACAGGGACUGACCAUCUUGCUGUUGUGCAGGAAGUUGUUAGUGAUGUUGUCCCAUUGAUGCUGGGACAGCUGCUCUCUUAAUAGUGAUGAGUUGAGUCUGUUGUCCUCUUAAACACGAAACAUACACUUCUUCAGCUGAACCACGUAAACUUGAAUUCUGUGCACUGGGAGAAAAGUGUCCUGUGUUUCAAGAUAAAACUGUUCUAAAGGCUUCCAGGGUAAUGAUGGAUUUUUUAAAAUAAUGCAAAAAAUAAAAAAUAAAAAAAAACUUAAAAAGGAAAAAAAGAAAAAAGAAAAAAAUGCUAGGUUGGGCAGGCACUGCUUUGAAUCCCAACCAGCCGGAACCAAGAAUGUUGUUUCUAUUUUUAUAGAAGUUUUAUACAGCUCCGGGGUGGAGAAUAUUUAUUACCUAAAUUAUAUCUCUGGAAAAGGCCAGGAUUUUGUAGAAUCCAGAAUGUGAUUGUUGUACACACAGGGUGCUGUGUAUGAUUGAAACUACUGACUUUCUGUGACCGUUUGCAGCCCAGGUAACCUGUCCAAGGGGAAGGCUAACAUUAAUGCUGUGAAUUGGCAGAGGCAAGAGCUGUGCUCUAUAGGGUGCUGCCAGUGCUGUGUUCCCUCACCUUCUGUUCUGUCUUCCUCCUUGGCCAGAACACCACAUUCUUUCCCCUUCUUCCGACUUCCCUCUAUCUUUCCCAUUUUUGUCCACAGAUUUUGUCCUGUGCUCCAGGACCAUAUGAAACCUUCCUAAUGAUAUUAGAGGCAAAGGCGUGACUCCACCUUUGGGAGUACAGGCCCCAGACUUCAUACCUACUUGUGAUUUCUAAAAGGAGCACUUGCUCUAGCAGAGCCAUGGUCUGCUCAGUCAGCCAGCCAGCCAGCUGGGGAGACCAUGUACUUCCAUUGUCCCGUUUGCCUAGCACAGCAGUAGCACUGUCCUCGAGCACAGUUCUCUCCCCAGGCCAAAGAUGGUUUUGUUGAAGAAGCUGCUCCCCUGUAAGUCUUGAUGUGAAAGGGCUCAGCUUAGAGUGGAGACUGGAGUGAAUGAAGUCUUAAGCAGUCCAUUUCUGUUGCGUGGAGGUUUCACUUACAGUGUGUUUUCUGCUGUAGUUUUGUUUCGUAGAUUAUAUCAUGCCAUUGAUUUGCCUUCAGUGCAGCCCAACCACUAUCUCCUGGGUUCCACACGAGUGGUCAGGGCUUAUGUGGAAGCUUAGGGCUUGGAUUUCUGGGAACGAAGGGCCAUCCCAAGAUCGAGCAAGAAACUCUGGCCCUCUACCUUAAAUAGUCUCCCUCCCACUCUAGUUAGCAUCUAUUGUUGCUGAGACCUGCUUGCCCUAAGACUGUCUGGAUAUGUUGGGUGCUUUGCAGGAAAUCCAAGCCUUAGGUUCCCUUCUGUCUCUGGCAGUCGGAUGUUCUCUUGGUGUCCUUCAUGUCCUUUUGAACUUUUCCCUGUGUCCAUUGUUAGCAUGUGCAAAAAAGUUCUUGUCAUUCCCCACCCCUGCCCUUCCCCGCCUCCUCAUUUCAGGGCUGCAUACAGUGAGUGUCCUGUUCUCUCUCUCUGUUUGGAUGUAUUGCUCUGUGUAACUCAGUGGAUCUCCCUCUUUCUGGUUUGUUUUUUUUUCUAGAUUCCUGCCGUUUGUUCAUCGUUGUGCCUAAAGCAUGUCGAUGUGGCGUCAAGUACAUCGUCCAAAUCCCUGUCUCUUCAGCUUCUCUGAUGCUUGAACUCUCACCUUUGACCUUGUGUUGACCUUUGAUGCUGAUGUGUAUUUUAUUAUGUUUGUUUCUUUCUUUGUUUUUUCUUUUUUCUUUCUUUUUUUUCCCUUUUGUGCUGCCAAAAUUGGUUUUGCUAGAACGACUGCUGAAGGGAAAAUAUUUAAACUUGCAUUUGAAUAUAAAAAAAAUCUAUUUUUCUAGAACUUCCUAAGAUAACCACUUGAUUUUGUGAUUCCAAUUCUUUGUAACUGUCUCAGAGCAGCCCUACUAGCACAUGCCGUGUGGUGUUUGUAUCCUUGUGAACACACAGCCAGUCCGCUUCCAGGCUUUCUUCCUCUGUGUGCUUCGUUUUAAAGACAGCUUUGAAAUAAACAAUGAAAUAAAAGAUGUCACUAAAAUCUUUGAGGCUCCUGAACACAUUUUGCUGACAUAGUUUUGGGGCUUGAGGAGACCGCAUGUUGUUAUUAAUUUUUGUUUUUCUGAGUUCUCAACUGCAGAAAAUGUCUGAAAUACUCCCCCCCCCCCCCCAUUCCCUUUUCACUGGAUGCUGAGGUUUGGGCCCCAGCUACCCUUUUUUCUUUUCGUUUUGUGGUUCUUCCUGAAGCAGCCUGCAGGGAAGCCCUAGGGUCCCUCUUCCCCUCCCCUUGGCUCAGCCAGCUCACACCUAUGCUUAUUCCUACAGUCUCCACAGCAAAAUGUGAUGCUUUCAACUUUUUUGGGUUUUGUAUUGUUUUUGCCUUUUUGUUUUGAGUUUUUCCUUUCCUACUAAGAUUAUGCCCAGAAAAACAAGUUGUGCAUGUUCCCUGCUGCUUCUUCACACCUUCGUAUGUAUCACCCUCACCUCUCUGUUUUCUAUAGUUUGUGCAAAAACUGACUGAUUUAAAGGGGUUUCAAAGAAGAUGUUUUAAAUUGUUAUGGGGUUGAUUUUUUUUUUCUCUCAGAGUGUAUUGUUUUAUUUUGAAGUGGCAACUUUCUCCUCUAUUGCCCUUAGAGUGUUUGCCUGUGCACUUAGACUGUCACUCUUUGUGGCCUCCAGGUCUCAGUGGGGGAUCCAGGAGGCUGGCUGCUCUGCUCAGGGAGUCCAGAGGGGCAGAGAGGCAGAAGCAAAGGUGGCUGUGGGUAGGCAGGAGGCUUAAGCACAUCAAGGCUGGAUCACAGAGGGAGGAGAGAGGGCAUUGUGCUUCUGACUGACUACCCAGAAGAUAGGCCAUCUGUGCACUGAGUGGCAAUACACCUGCCUGCCUGCCUGCCUGCCUGCCUGCGCUUUUCCUAGGUGACAAGCACAAUAAAUACUACAGUCUUCACACUGUUUACAGCUCUGGGCACCAACCACCCCACACUGGCUCCUCACUAUGGCUCUGCUCUUACUUAGCUGGGAGAGUUGGGGUAGGGGCAAGAAUUUGUUUUUAAAUUGGGUGAGGAGCCAGGUAGCUACUGUCCCCAGGUGCCAGGCCAGCCAGUUCUUUGGUUUCCUAAGGGAAACUUUCCCUCUUCUCUUGUAGCACCAUCCAGCCUCAGGGUCUUGGGGACUUGGAAGAAUGUGAAUGGAGGAGGAGGCUAGAGGAAAUGAGUAGUCAGGGACGGAUCUGUAAAGAGCAGAGGCAGCAGGGGGGAUUUUUGAUAGAUCCCACUGAGACUUAAGCACUGGUGGGAGGGAAAGUGGAAGCAAGAUUGUCCCGAAAAGGGUGGCAAGGUGCAGCAAGGGAUGGGGUGGUGAGGAGGAGAAAGCACUGUCCAGCAUCAUCCACUCCCUGGUGAUGAAGGGACUCCAGCUCAGUUUCUGCUUUGGGUCCCCUACAGGUUGCCCAAUAUAUUAUGCUUGCAGAGGCCACCUUACUAGGAAGAAAUGGCAGCCAAGUGGGGGGACCCCUGUAAGUAGGCUGCUUAAUGUCCUGGAAGGGGUGGUGGGAUGAAAGAGGCCAGAGCAUGAGAGACCCUGCUGUGUGCCCCACAGUCUGACUGCACAGAGCGCCUCUGUUGGCAGGAGGUGCUGAGGCCCCUUCCUGUGUACUGAGAAGCUGUGUUUGCCAAUAUAGUUUGCUUUCAAUUCCAAGAGGAGCUCUGGGAAAACCUGUGGAUAAAAUCAAAUGCCAAAUGUUGGACAUUGUUUCCUUUCCCUUUUCUCUCGGAUUGUUUUAAUUGUUCUGUAGUGGUUUUAAUGGAUUUGAGACCCUGGAGCGGCAGCUGCCUUUCUGAUUUCCAGCUGCUUUUUGUGAAUAAUUUAAAAAGAAAAAAAAAAGAAACUUUACAUUUUGGAGACAAACCUGUGUGAGUUUUUUAUUGGUACAAACGUUGUAUUUAACACUAGGGGUUUUGUACAGUUUUUUGCCUUUUCUACUAGAAAACAAUGUAAAGUGAUUUCACAAUGUGAAGAGAAAAAAUUGCCACUAUGACCAAACGCACAGUCUGUUCUGCAGCAGCAACGGGAUUCAAUCAACUCAAAGUCGUGAUUCAGCCGUAGAGAUGCUUUCUUCUUGACCUUGUUUGAGCUUUCCUUUUUUCCUGUUUGAUUUAUAAAAGAUGUCUUUUGUGUGUGAACUUGUGUUGUACUCUGUAGAAAAUUAUGGAUUUUGCUUUAAUGGUUUUUAAAAAAAAAAAAAAAGGGCAAGAAGAGCCCUUGUCGCUUUUCUUACCUAAUCACAGUUUGUGUAGUGGAUUAAAAAAGGAAAAGUUGUUAAAAGUUUGGAGCAAGGGAGUGUGUGUUUAAAAGGACUCUCCCUUUUUGUGUGUUUUCCCUUUUGUCCCAAUGGGGAACCUAAAUCUGUUUUAAUUGCACAGACACACGGACAAAAAGUCAUUUUGUAUCUGCCAAGUGUGGUACCUUCCUUUGUUUAUUUGCUAUUAAACUGUUUGAGAAGAA